AUGUUCCGGUUCGUAGGGAUAACGGGGCUGGUCAUACGCGGUAGUGGCAGCCUCGACGGCAACGGCGAGGGGUACUGGGAUACAAGCGCACACGACAGGCCGCACCUGCUGUCGCUGAUCAACUGCCGCGAGGUCAUUCUUGACGGCGUGGCGCUGCGCAACCCCCCCAUGUACCAUGUCUUCUCCUACGGCAUCGACUGGCUGUGGGUGAGGAGAUUAACCACCAACGCGCCUGACGAGUCGCCCAACACGGACAGUCUUAAACUCCUGGGCGUGCGCCACGCGCUCAUUGAGAAUUGCACCUUCCACGGAGGAGAUGAUGACGUGUCACUGGUGGCACGUGGCAGCCAGGCAGUGGCCAACGUGACGGUCCGGAAUCUCAUCGCCACGUCAGGGCACGGGAUUAGCAUUGGGAGUUUGGGAGCUGGGGGUGCGGUGGCGUGCGUGUCGGAUGUGAGCUUCAAAGAUCUGAUUCUAUCGGAUCUGUCGAAUGGGCUGAGGAUCAAGACGUGGCAGGGCGGCUUGGGAGUGGUGCGGAAUGUACAGUACGAGAAUGUAUACAUGACAAACAUAGAACGGGCGAUUACACUUGAUCAGUUCUACUGUGACGACAAUCAGGACUUCCCCUGCGAGCCAUCGCCCCACAACGUGGCGCUGGUGAACAUCUCGUACACGGAUGUCUACGGCACCGCCUCCAAGUAUGCAAUGGACAUGGAGUGUAGCGAUACGGUACCGUGCACUGGCAUCUCCCUCAGCAAUGUCAAGCUGGGGGGAACAGGCUCAAGCACCAAGGAGCCUGUGUUCAAGAACAUUCUGUCGAGCCAUGCUGUGGGAGACGUGGCUCCAUUACCAGAGGGCAGUCACAUCACGCCCGCGGGUGCGGCAUAUGCUCAAAGCGCCACGUCAGAAGAUGUUCCUCUCGAUAUAGUCGACCCCGCCGUAGACGGACCCGUUACUAACAAGCAGCUUGAAACUUCGCCCGACGGUGACUAUAGCAAGGGCUCGACCACCAAAGAGAGCGGCAGCAGCGGUGGUGGCGGAAGCACAACGGAAGAAGGAGGUGGCAGUGGCAGGAGCAGAGACGACGGCAUGUGGGACUGGAGUUUCACCGAUCCAAGCACGUCUGACGCAGAUAACGGCGGAAAAGGCGGAGCGAAUGGCGAGAAGAAUAACGCGACCGAUAGUCAAGGCCCGUCGGAUACCCAAGAAGUGCCUAGUGGGCAAGGAGGCUCAGGCGGCGACGGCGGCGAUGGCGGCGGCGAUGGAGGCGGUAAUUACGGGCUGCCCACGCAAAAAGAGCCUUUUGUGGAUCAUUCACCCGCCAAUCGCAGCUCGAACGCCGACUCUGGAGCUCCAGUCGUUGACCCACCUGCUACAGCCGACCCGCCCGCUACAGCCGACCCGCCUUCUACCGCCGAUGACCCGUCUGCUACAGGCGAUGACCCGCCUACUGAUGACGGUUCUACAAAUGACGGCUCUAAUUCCGCAGAUAACGACUCUGACUUUGCUGACCCUCCUGCUACAACUGAUGACCCGCCUGCGACAGAUAAAGAACCUUCGCCCAGCGAUGACGAUUUUACAAAUGACGGCUCGAAUCCCGCAGAUAACGACUCGAACCUUGCAGACCCUCCUACCAGCGACGAUAACGGAGAUGGCGCGCCGUUUGACCCGACUCAGGAGACGGCAGGAGGCGGCGGAAGGGAAAGCUCACCCUCUAAACCUACUAACGAAGGUGGUUAUGGCAAGCAGCCAAAAUCGAGUAGCGGGAACACCCCGAAGAAGCAACCGGCGAGCCAGAAGCCCAAUCCGAGCGGCGGCAGCGGGAACACUCCAAGGAAGCAAGCGGCUCCACAGGAACCCGGGUACGAGCAAGAUCCCCAACAGGACCCCGCUUACGAUGAUCCCCCCUCCGCGCCUUACGCACCUUCCGAACCCUCCGAUCCUUCCGAUCCUUCCGAUCCUUCCGAACCUCCGCCGCCAUAUACAAACCCUGAGUACGGCAGCAGCGGCGGGGGCGGCGGCGAGCAGGGGGGAGGCUAUCCGCGCAAUCCGAGCACCGCUGCGCCCGGUUAUCCUCCGCCGUCCUCCUCGGGGGAGGGGGAGGGGAAGGGGGGGGAUGACGAGGAGGAAGAGGAGAAGGAGUGCGAAGAGGAGAAGGAGUGCGAAGAGGUGGUGAUGGGUAACGCGUGCCCGCCAUCUACUCUCCCGGGUUAUAAUUACUCUGCCCAGCUUUACGACUCUAAGCUCAUUCUGCACUGGACCGUGGAAAACUGCACGGUACACAUGGCUCUUGAGGCGACGCAAGACAGCUACGCGGGGUCGGGCUGGCUCGGUAUAGGCUGGUCCGAUAACGGCGAGAUGGCCCCCGCGGAUGCGGUGAUUGGUAACACGCCGGGUGUAGCUGCGUACGAAAUGACUGGUUACCGGCGAACGCAGGUGUUCCCCACCAUGAAUUUCUCGCUCGGGUUUGACAAGACUGUUGAGGCGGCUCCGGAUUGCUCUACUAUCGUCAAGUUUUCUCGGGAGAACGGAACGGGGUCGCAGUCGAUAUUCCACAUUGAGGGGAAGAGCUGGGUGGUAUGGGCGCACUCGCGCAAUGCCAUGACCACGCUUUCCUACCACGGCGCCGCCAUGGGCAUUGCGAUUGUGGACUACUCAUGCCACUACCCUCCGCAGAUCAUCCACACUGAUUGCUCCGCGGCGCGCGAGAGGUUGCGUUUCACCGCAAGUUCUCCUGACUUGCGCUUCCACCCCCUCCUUUCCGUUUCCCCCAUCCUCUCCGCCUCUCCCCCCGUCCAUCCCCAACUUUUCCGCUUCCCCCACCUCCCACCUGUCCGCUUUCCCCACUUCCCCGCUUCCCUCCUCCCCCGCAGGUUCCUGUUCCACUGGCGCGAGCCCGGCGCGGGGGAAAUAUCGAUGAUGGCGCUUGAGGCGCGAGCCGGCUGGGGCGUCGCCAAGGGGUGGUUCUCCGUGGGAUGGUCCCGCGACGGGGAGAUGUUCCCGGCGGACGCGAUCGUGGGUAAUUUACCCGGCGGAAAUGCGCAAAUGUACAGCAUGCGCGGGGAGGAUGCGGCUCUCGUGGUGCCGAACGCGUCAAUCGCGCUGGGCGCGAAUUGGGGGAUGGUCACGCGACAGGACGGCACGAAGAUCAUCAAGUUUGCGCGGCGCGGGACCGACGGGCUGGCUCCGGUGAACAUGAACGGCCCCAACACGCUGAUCUGGGCGUACGCGGCCGAUGGGACGAGCGAGUUCGCAUUUCACGGGGAGAACGUCGGAACGGCAACAGCGGACAUGUCCUGCAGGCGCGCGGAGGCGGAAGACCCAACGGGCGGAGCUGUGCCCGCGCCAACCCCCAAGGCCUCCCCUGUCCCCCCCGAGGCCUCCCCAGUUUCCCCCGUGGCUCCGCUUCCGCCCAAGCUGGCCCCCGGCGCGGGCAUGGACGGCAGUGUCAAGAAAGAGUCAUCUACGGGAGGGUUGCCUGGGGUCGGCACUCCUAAACCCACUACUCCCGCGGUCGGCACUCCCGCGGUCGGCACUCCCGCGGUCGGCACUCCCGGGGUCGGGACUACCGUGGGCGGUGCUCCCGUGGGCGGCACACCCGCGGUCGGCACUCCCGGGGUCGGCACUCCCGGAGUCGGCACUCCUGGGGGCGGUACUCCCGAGGGCCGCAAACCCCAAGGUUGUCGCGAGUCCCCGAAGGCGGGUUACAAGUUCUUCGUCAAACUGAAAGCCCAUUACCUCCUCCUGCACUGGAACCCCCCUAAGCCGUCCGGAAACGUGCAGAUGGCUGUGGAGGCGUGGCCGGGUCCGGCAACCGCGGGGUGGUUCGCCGUGGGGUGGUCCGCGACGGGCGGAAUGGCGCACGCGGACGCGGUCGUGGGGAACCUGGUGGGUGGACUGGUGCGCGGAUACGCGCUCUCGGGGCGCUCCGCGGAUGCGGUGGUGGGGAGCCACGUGAUGAAGCUGGGGCAGAACAAGGCGCUGAUUGAAACCUCCGAGGGCAGCAAGCUCAUGGAGUUCACCCGCAACGCUACGGACGGCACGGUGCCGCUGAACCUGAGCGGGAAGAACAAGGUCAUCUGGGCCUUCUCAAACGACGGCGCCCACGCGCUGGGCUACCACGGGCCCAACAAGGGCACUGCCAUCAUGGACCUCUCGUGCGGUGCCGACCCUGUCGGCCCACCCUCAGCUGCUGGUCCGGCCGACCCUCUCGUGCCUCCUCUUACCAAGCCAGUUACCAAGCCAGUAACCAAGCCGAUUAUCAAGCCUCCUGUUGCCAAACCUGUUACCAAACCUGUUACCAAACCUGUUACCAAGCCUGUUACCAAGCCUGUUACCAAGCCGAUUAUCAAGCCACCUGUUGCCAAGCCUGUUAUCAAGCCUCCUGUUGCCAAACCUCCCCUCCCCAAAACCAACGUCACCAAGCCACCAGUUACCAAGCCUGUUGUCAAACCUCCUGUUGCCAAGCCAGUCACCAAACCUCCCGUGACCAAGCCUGUUACCAAGCCUCCAGUUACCAAGCCUCCGGUGGUCCCCGCCCCAGCAGGUUCGGCAGGAGGCUCGGCGUGCCAAGCCUCUACUCUUACUGGAUACUCGUACAUGGCACCUUUGACUGGCGCUGCAUUGGGCUGUAGCGUCCCCCACGCUCGUGCGGAUUAUGCUGCGCACAUCUCCCAUUCCCCCCAACUCUCGCACUCUCCUUCCCCCCUCUCCCUCAGGUUGGCGCUGCACUGGGCGGUGGCGUCCCCCACGCUCGUGCGCUUUGCCCUGGAGGCCAGGCCGGGGAGUGGCGCGGAGAAGGGGUGGGUGGCCGUGGGGUGGAGCGAGAAGGGCAAGAUGUUCCCCUCGGACGCCAUUAUUGGGAACACCGCAGGCGGUGCGAUUAGUGCUUACACCAUCACAGGCCGCUCCCUCGCUACAAUCUCGGCCACCUCCGCCUUUGCUAUCGGCGCCCCCAGUAUAGUCACACUCACGCCGUCGGCCAAUGGCGCGCCGGCAGGUGGCGGCACGUCAGUGGCCGAAGCUCCAGUGGCCAAUGGGAGCACGAUUCUACGGUUUGCCAGGACCACCAUUGACGGGCUAGCGCCGGUAACGCUGUUGGGUGGUAACUGCAUCAUCUGGGCUUUCUCGGCUGAUGAGACACAGACUCUCGCCGGCCAUGGGCCUCUUAACAGGGGCUCUGCUUUGGUCAACUUGGCCUGCGGUCCUGCCAACACCCACGGCUCCGCCCCUCUCCCUCCUGCUCUGGACGCCCCAGCAGUGCCACCGUCAGUUGCCGCCCAGCCGUCAGAACCAGGGGUGGCAGAGCCGUCAGAACCGUCUCUGGCACAACCGUCAAAACCAGCAGUGGCAGCACCGUCAGCACCAGCACCAGCAGCAGCAAAACCAGCGAAACGAGGAAAACCGGCAAAACCAGCAGUGGCAGCUGCCGAAGCAGCAAUGCUGGGAUGCUCCCCUUCGUCUCUGGCGAAUUACACUUGCUCCUUGAAGCUCAGUGGCGACAACUUCAUCCUGCACUGGAAGAAGCUCAGUUCCUCAUCUGUAGCCAUAGCAGCAGAGGCAGCCACAUCAGGUUUCCUCUCCCUGGGCUGGUCGCGUGGGGGCCGCAUGGCACCCUCCGAUGCCGCCAUCGGCAACCUGCCGUUUGGUGCCGUAGCCAACGGGGCGGCGGUGGGCGCGUUUUACAUCGGCGGGUACGAGGAGGACGCGGUGGUGCCUUCCGGUGACUUCAAGCUCGCAAACACGUUUGUGGAGAGCAAGAAUGGAAGAACAAUUAUGAGGUUUGAGCGCUCCACAACGGAUGGCACAGCGCCUAUCAACGCGGAGGGCAGCACCACAGUCAUCUGGUCCUUCUCUGAUCAGCCAUCUCUCAGCUUCCAUGGCGCCAACUGUGGAUCUGCCUCGGUCAAUUUCGUCAACACCACGGCCGCCCCUGUCAGCAGCAGCAGCACCAGCAACAGCAGCAAGAAGGCAGUGCUGUUGGCGCACGGCAUCAUGCUCGCUCUCGCCUAUGCGCUGCUCAUGCCGCUGGGGGUGCUCCUCGCUCGCCUCUUCCUCUACGACCGUCCCACUCUGCCCUCGGAGGAGGAGAGGGAAACUCGUACCAACAGAGGCCUCUGGUUCCUUUGCCACAAGUACAUUCAAAUCCUCGCUGUUCUCCUGGUGCUGGUAGCGGCUAUCAUGGUGUUUGUAGUCUCAGGUUCCCAGGGCCUGGAGUGGACACACGGCAAGCUGGGAGUGGUGGCUCUGGCUCUCACUCUCGUGCAGCCCUUCCUGGGCUUCUUCCGCCCCGACAAGGGCACGUCCCACCGCUCUGCGUGGCUGACGUUCCACUGGGCGAUGGGCAUAGCGGCUAUCGCCAUGGGAUGCGCCAAUGUGUUCCUCGGGAUUGACGUGUACGGGCAGCUCUAUGGCGGCAACCAGGAUUGGUGGUACCUCGUGACUGCAGUCGUAGCAGGCAUUCUCGGACUCGCAUAUUUUGGAUUCAUGAUUCGAGACACGGCACUGCAGUUCUCGGCCACUGCGUUCAAAUCACAAGUGGUUACCUCCGUGAGUAGGCAGCGACUGAUUGGGUAG